UUGUUCUUUAAAGAACCUAAAUUCUGUGGCAUAGUAUGUUUGCUGUUUUUGUUUGAAACAUUUAGUUUAUUACCGUGAAAAUGUAAGCGUUUUCCCAUCAUUUUUAGUCCAAAUUGUUUAAAGUACAAAUAAUUUCUCAGUAAAACAAAUAAUUGUAUAUUUUAACAAUAUACACUGGAGAACUGUAGCAAUUUUUUAAUGAUGAUAAAUUACACAUAAAUGCUAGUUAUUAGUGUGUGUGUGUUCACUGCUGUGUGUGUGCACUUUGGAUUGGUUAAAUGCAGAGCACGAAUUCUGAGUAUGGGUCACCAUACUUGGCUGUAUGUCACGUCACUUCACUUAAAACCACAAACAAUGUAACUAUUUUGUUAACCUUUCACAUUUAAUUUGCAAUAACGCAUCUAGCUGAAUUUAAGUGCACAGGGGAUUGUACCCACUUGUGUGUGUUUUGCUUAGUUCAACAGUAUAAUGAAAGCAGGACACCUCUUUCAUAAUCCAAAACCUAAAACCUGCACAUCUGUUUAUUAGAUGACCAGACAAUCUGGGCUGAGCAGAGAGAUUACUGGCUAAAAAAAAAAAACAUGCCACAUGGAUUAAAAGUGGAAGUCACUGAUUUACCAGAGCUGUGUAUCUGAAUCAGGGGGAUGGGGACUCUAGAGGUGUUAUUUGUUGCUUUGCCGUAAUUUCCAACCACUUUUCACCCAGAAACCUCCUCUGAAGUUAUUUUUUGCUCUGAAAACGGAGGUAGUGCGAGGUCAAGGCAUUACCAAUAAACAAACUGAUUAACCUAAAACACGCUAGAACAUUCUGUGCAGCUGUAAUAGUGGUGAUGUAAUACAGCCGCUGUGCAUUUUCAUGCCAAAUUACUCCGCAUUCAUUUUCUAGCCCCUAUGGACAUGUGCUGAUGAACUGUGACUAUAGAAGAUUAGAGAUUAGGAUUAUUGGCAUUGUAUAAUGACAUGACUGGUGGAGGUCGUAAUAAAUCAUGGCUGACCAGUUUAAAAAGUUUUUUAAACAACACUGUGGAAUUAUUCGAGACACUGUAGGGUUUACAGUGACUCUCCAACAAAUGACAUCAGUGCGAUGAUGUGUGUGGCUGUGUGAGAGUGAUUAUGUGUGUAUUAUGACGUCUGUGGCGUGAGUGCAUUGUAGUGCUGUGCAGGGGACAGUGAGCUCACGCUAACGCUAAUGCCAGAGAAACCCCAGCAGCUGCAGCCAAACAAGUCAGCUCAUUAUACUCCGCUUCAAAAGUGCUGACCUUUGGCCUCCAGACAAUGAGUCCCCAUUCCUGACUGAUGAAAGAUGGAGAAGCCUGCAUUUCUGCUUUGUGUUUGGUGAACCACACUGUAAACAAUGGAGGCAUCUGGAUUACCUCCGCCAGCACAGCAUAACGAAACUGAACUUAAUGAGACAUUGAGUCAUGGCCACCCUAUGCAUCUGGCUCCCAGCAUGCAGUUAGGGAGCAUGUCCAACCCGCAAUCACGUUUACGAGACAUGUCAGGCCUCGUGGUAAUGGUGACUCUUAAUGCAAUCGCGCUCUUGGCCAAUAGCGGAGUGCUUGCCGUAGUGGUGAAAGUGCCACAUCUCCGCAAGUUCAGUUUGGUAUGUCAUCUCUGCAUCGUGGAUUUGCUAUGCGCCGCUCUGCUGAUGCCGCUCGGCAUCGUCUGUGGCUCACCCUUCUUCGCCGGCAUCGUCUUUUCUGUACUUGAAUGCAGGUUGUACAUUUUCCUCAAUGCCUUUCUCAUAUCUGCCUCUAUCUUUACGGUUACUGUGAUUAGCAUCGAACGCUACUUCUACAUUGUGCAUCCCAUGAGGUACGAGGCUAAAAUGACUCCUUGGUUAUCCGCAGCCGUGAUGGGAUUCGUCUGGGUGGCGUCUACUUUGCUAGGACUUGCUACCGUCUUUGGGUGGCCCAGUUAUGGAAGUAGAAGCUCCAUUGCCGCCACCCAUUGCUCUCUCCACUGGAGCCACAGUGGACACCGAAGAGUAUUUGCUAUUUUAUUCUGCACUCUUUGCUUCUGUGUUCCAGCUGCUAUUAUUAUCGCCGUCUAUGGGAAUGUGUAUAAAGUCGCCCACACGGCUGCACGGGAAAGAGGGCCAAUCCCAAGCUGGACGAUGGCGACCGCUCAUCCGAAGCGUCGGUCUGAUUCUGUCAACAGCCAGACAACGAUCAUCACCACCAGCACGAGCGUCCGCAGAAAUCAAGUCCCUCGCAGGAAAAGGAGAACGUUGGUUGGUGGGAAAGCGGCUCUAACUUUAGCCAUCAUUGUGGGUCAGUUUCUGCUCUGCUGGCUGCCUUACUUCGCCUUCCACCUGCAUUUGUCACUGGGAUUCUCCCAUAGUACCUCAGAAGAAGCUGAGGGACCGGUCACAUGGCUGGCGUAUUCAACGUUCGCAGUAAACCCUUUUUUUUAUGGUCUGCUCAACCGUCAGAUUAGGGAGGAGCUGUGUAAGAUGCUCUUUUGUUGCCGAUCGGCCGGCAGACCAGUGCGGCCCUCAGCGUCGUGCCACGAACGUUCGGGACAUGAAGACUUUUUUCAUUUCUUGCGCAGGAGUGGCGACAGGGACGGAGUUAGAUGCAGUUAUCACAUGGCUACACCGAGAAGCACACUGGAGCAGACUAGUUUUAGGAUACCUGGGCAAAUACCUGAAGAGAUCACCUAAACUAAACGAAAUAUUCAGACUAUUAAUUUUUGAGUCUAAAUCAUUCUCUUUUUUUGUAAUAGAGUUGGAGUUUUAUUAUAAAUUAUUAUUUUAGCCUUUUUUAUCUUUGAAAUUAAAUUUCACUCUAUUUUCUAAAUGCAUUCUAUUGAUCUUAUCGUGUAUAAUUAAUUCAUGGCUCAACAGUGAGAGCAUUUCACUCACAUUUGCAGCUAAAAAUAGCUGUGUGGCAACUGUAAAAUAUAUUUAGAAACAUGUAUGUGUGUGUGCAUGAAUGCGGGUCCUUUAAAAAAUCAGUUUUAUAAAAUUUUAGGUCAUGAUAUUUUAAAUGGUAUAACAAAUGAUCAUUUUAAAUGGUCUUAAAUUUAACAGGAGUCAUGAUGUAGCCUAAUGUGAUUAUUAAAGGCUAUGAUUUGAUUAAUGAAGUGUUGCACAUGCAGUAAUGCAGUGCUGUUGCUCAGUUCAAAACAAUUUGCAGUCUAUGAAUGCCAUGAUUUACUGUUGACAGAUUGACAGUGUUUACUUUAUGGUGUUUAUAUUGUAAUAUGUACAAUAUUACAGCAUAAACAUUUCAAAAUAAGAGUCAGAGUUAAAGUUAAAGUGGGCCUCUAAAUAUUUACAUAAUUAUUAUAACAGACUGAAGUAAAACUAUUUAAAAAGCUAGUGUAAGUAAAUUAUUUGUGUCUGGUUAUUAAGGAAAAAUACAAUAUUUAACAAAAAAAAUUAGCACUAUAACAUUUUUCAACUUAUGGGAAAAAAGUAAGCACUGCAUGUUUAUGUUUAUAUAUAUAUAUAUAUAUAUAUACACAUACACACACUAUAAAAAAUUGUUCACAAUAAGAUCUUGCAUGUGCAUUAAGAAAACAAACAGGGUAGGUUUUGAUGUUUUGAUGCUACAUAGACUUUAAAGAGGGCGGCCUCACUGUGACUGGCAACACAGUGACAACCAGUGAACAACAAAUGCCUUCAUCCAAUCACAACUCUUUCUAGGGGUGACUCUGCCCACAUGUUUACAAACACAGAGCUGAUUUUUUUAAUGACAUUAUGAACUGAAAUUAAAUAUUUGUUGCCUAAACUUUUAAUGUAAUCAGGCUAAACCAGUAUUUACAUUAAUAUGUAUAAAAAGCACUACAGAAAUGAUAAUUUAUUCUGUUGUAUUACUGUAUUUCUACUGCACUAUUUAAUUUAAUUUAUUUAAAAAAUUAAGUAACGUAAUGACCAAAAUCUUUACAAACCUUCAUACAAAAAAGAACUUAUAAAAAGUGUUUUGAACCAAUUUCUACUUAUUUAUUUCUAUUAUUUGUAAUGCAAAGGAUGACCUCAGCUAUCUGCUGUAUUUCUUUUCUACUGUAAAACUGUAAAUAUCACACAUGGGCUGAAGUAACAAAGACAAAUUGUUUCGUUGUUCAAUGAAGACACUAUAGUCACAGAAAGCUUGACAUAUACGGAUUCAGUUCAAUGCAGCAUAUGUUCAGUUGUGUUGCAUUUACAGUUCAUUGUGCUGAUUGAAUGGUGUGCUAUAUGGAGCCACCCAUUACAUCACACUGUUUUUAUUUGUGCUUGCUUUAUUUAUACAAUGUGUCCAUUACUGUUUUUGUUUUUAUGGCGAUGGAUAGAGCUGUAUUUGUGUAUUUAUGUGGAGGAUGGUACUGUACAUAUGUACAACUGAUUUUCUUGUUUUGUUUAUUUCAGAUGUACAUUUUCAUUCAGGCUAAUUAGUCACUAAACAAUGAAGUACAAUAAAGAAUGGGCAACAUAUUAAUCAGUAACUAAUAGUGUUUACCUGCUAUACCAAAAUUUGGGGUCAGGAAAAAUCAAAACAUUUAAAAAAAAAAA